AUGAGUUCAUUGUAUUAUGCGAAUGCUUUAUUUUCUAAAUAUCAAGCCGCAAGUUCAGUUUUCCCAUCCGGCGUCUUUCCUGAGCAAACUUCUUGCGCUUUUGCCUCCAAUACCCAACGAACGGGGUAUGGAUCUGGUUCCAGCGCCUCUUUCGCUGCUUCCAUGCCUGGGCUGUACGCCAACGGGGGCAGCAUGCACCCCCAAACCUCUAGCAUGUAUUCCACCAGCUACGGCCUGGAAACCAGUUCUUUCAACAUGCACUGUUCUCCGUUUGAGCAAAACCUCUCGAUGAUGUGCCCGGGAGAUGCCUCCAAGCAGACGUGCAGCAAAACGGAUCAGAGGGACUCAGACUUGCAAAGCGAAAGCAACUUCCGGAUCUAUCCCUGGAUGAGGAGUACAGGGACUGACAGAAAAAGAGGACGUCAGACCUACACCAGGUACCAAACCCUGGAACUGGAGAAAGAAUUCCACUAUAACCGCUAUUUGACCAGAAGAAGACGCAUCGAAAUCGCUCAUGCUUUGUGCCUGACAGAGAGGCAGAUCAAAAUCUGGUUCCAGAACAGACGCAUGAAGUGGAAAAAAGAAAAUAAAACUGCAUGCACCGGUUCAAAUAGCCAGGAAAAACCAGACGCUGAAGAUGAUGAAGAAGAAUGAAAGGGAUGGGGUUUGGUUGAAGGGGACUUUAGUCCAGAAAGAUAAUCCAGGAAACGUGAAACCUAAACAUAAGGGACUAUAUAUAAAAAAAUAAAUGAAAUCAAAAUAAAAACAAGCCUAAGAAUGAUGCAUUCUGUUUCCUGAUACUGAAAAAAAUACUACCUAUAUUACAGUCUUUUUUUUUUGUACAAUAGAAUGGAUAAUAAUAUCUACCUAUUAAAUGUGGCUUUAGAGUCAGAUAGAUACAUUUUUCUAUGUGGGUCUUCCUAUAGUACAAGUAUUUGUAAAUCUCCCUGUUUGUAUUUCCUUGUGUACUUUUUUGGUAUGAAGUAAUGUGGUCGUGUUAGCACCUUUAAUUAGAAAAUGUGAUCUGAAAGUAUGAGGGGAAAUUAUACAUAGCGUAUAUAGUACUCUGUACAUAAUAUGAAUUAUCAUUACCGCUUGUUCUGUUGUAACCUCUGUGGUUCUUUUCUGGUUGCGAUGCUGUUUUGUCUGUGUAUAUUUUUACCUGGACCACUUCCUUGUUCAAGUCAUUAGAAAAAAAUGAAUUAAUAUUGUGCUGAGUAAAGCGGUGUAUAUCAAGGUAGAAGAUUAUUUAAUAGCGGCGCGUUUCUUUUUCCUGGUUUGUGAUUAUUAUUCUUCAAAAUAAUAAUAAUAAAAACACCCACCAA